GUGUACUUGCCUAUAAAUAGUAAGUGGGUGUACUAAUUCCGAUUAAAUUGAAAAUUUUGGAAAUUUCUUGAUUCUUUUUCAUCUGUCUUUUAUUUUGCGAUGGCUGCUGCAUACAGAUCAAGAGAUGGAUUGAGCACGCGGCCGGUGGGUUAUGGCGGCAAUUCCGAUGAGAUUCAGUUGCGAAUUGAUCCGAUGCAUUCAGAUUUCGACGAUGAGGUGACCGGUCUCCGGAAACAAGUUCGGAGACUUCGAGAUGUAGCUCAAGAAAUUGAGACAGAAGCAACCUUUCAAAAUGAUUUCCUGAAUCAGCUGCAAAUGACAUUGAUUAAAGCUCAGGCAGGGGUGAAAAACAACAUGAGGAGACUCAACAAUAGCACCAUUUGGGAAGGAUCAAGCCAUGUAAUGCAUGUUAUCCUUUUUGCACUGCUUCUAUUUUUUCUGGUAUAUUUCUGGUCCAAAUUGUCACGAAGAUGAGUAUGCUUGAGAGUUCUGUCCUGCUCCACUGAGAUUUUGAGACGAGGUAACACCUGAAUGCUGGAUCUUGUAAAUGCUUGCAUUUGGUCCCAUCAUGAUGUAGCUAUCAUAAUCGAUUUACCUGUGUACAUGAAGUUUCUUGUAGAGGAAUGAAUUGUGAUUAAAAUAUUACUAGCAUCUUUGGCCAAGAACGAACUAUCAAGAUAUAAACUUCUGUUGGUCCUAAA